AUGGGCUCUCAAAACUUCGAUUCCGUUCCUACUGUGACUAUUAUCGGCGCCGGUCCCUGCGGAUGUGCCUUCGCAGCAGACCUUGCUAGCCGUGGAAAGGAUGUUAUGCUAUACGCUCAUCCUGACCACCGUGGUGGAACCACCAUGAUCGAGAACAACGGUGGUUGGCUCAAUGCAGAUGGUGAAAUCAGUGGUAGAUAUCAGAUCAAGACCACCAGUGACAUGUACCUUGCCAUUCGUCACUCCAACUUCCUGGUCACGACAGUUCCCUCGUACGGACAAGACACCAUCUUGACGUUGCUCAGUCAAUUUGACCUUCGCAAGCAUACCCUCGUGAUCAAUGUCGGCAACUUUUUCUACCUCUCUGCACGCCAAAAGGUCAACGCCCAUUGUAUUCUCGAGACCGAUAUCUCUCCUUACGCCGUUCGCAUUACUGGCGAUACCGUCUUCGUGAAAGGAUGCAAGAAAAGCCUGGCCAUUUGGGCCGAGCCACCCACCACCCAAGUCGAGCGUCUUGACCCACAAGCCGAACUUGGCCUCCGUCGCCAGGUCGAGUCAAUCUUUUCUCAGAAGCUAAAUUGGUGCACCAAUCUGUUGGAGGUCGGUCUCAACAAUGUCAAUCCAGUUGUGCAUUGCCCCGCUGCUCUCAUGAAUGCUGGCUGGAUUGAAGCCACAAAGGGCGACUUCUACUUCUACGCCCAGGGAAUGUCGCCCUCGGUGUCCCGUGUGACGGAGAAGCUGGAUCUGGAGCGUCUCGCUAUUGCCCAUGCAUACGGUCUUGAAAUUACCCCCAUUACGUCGUACAUGAACCAGAACUACAGCAACCCCCGACAAUACGCCGACUAUCAUGAUUUCGCAUCGGGCUCAGUAGUUCACAACAAGACCAAGAGCUCUCCAAGCUCUUUGAACCACCGCUACCUACUUGAAGAUAUUCUUUACGGACUGGUUCCAUGGUAUGAGCUUGGUACGAAGGUCGGUCUGACUUCGCCGACGAUCCGAGCUCUCAUUGAAAUGGCCCAGAUCGUCAGCGGUUUCGACUACUUCGAGAACGGAAGGACUCUCAAGGCCGCAGGCCUCGGUGAUGCUACCAAAGAGCAAGUUCUCAAUGCGCUGGGUGGACCUGUGGAGACCACUCCUGUACACACUGCCUUUUCCGAAUCCCCUAUUGGAAACGCCAUUGAUUUGCAUGCUCCACUCCAGACAGCCCAAGUCGUUGGAUGA